AUGGAUUGUAAACGGCGCUUCAGGAAAACACAACGACAACAGAUGGCACCGUUGCCAGUUGAGAGGCUUACUCCGGACAAACCUCCAUUUACGUAUGUUGGUGUGGACUAUUUCGGGCCUAUGUAUGUCAAGGUCGGUCGUAGCCAACAGAAACGAUACGGGUGCCUGUUUACCUGCUUGACGACACGAGCAGUACAUAUUGAAAUCGCACAUAGUUUAGGAACAGACUCGUUUGUAUGUGCAUUGCAACGUUUCAUUAGUAGAAGGGGAAAACCAGAAAAGAUUUUCACCGAUAAUGGUACUAAUCUUACUUCCGGAGAAAGGGAAUUAAGAGCAGAAAUUGCCGAAUGGAACCAGAGUCGUAUCAUGAAUGAAAUAGAAUGGCAGUUCAUUCCUCCAUAUGCGAGUCAUAUGGGUGGAGUGUGGGAAAGACUGGUUCAGUCAGUAAAGAGAGCCUUAAAAUCGGUAGUCAAAGAGCAGCUUUUGAAUGACGAAGCACUAAAUACGCUCAUGACGGAGACAGAAAAGAUUGUAAAUGACAGACCGAUUACAAAGGUAAGUGAUGAUAGCAGAGAUCCAGAAGCACUAUCGCCGAGCCAACUGUUGCUUUUGCGCCAAAAUAGGUGUAUACCACUUGGUGUCUUUAGCAAGAAUGACAAAUAUUGUAAGCGUUGGUGGCGUCAAGCUCAGUAUCUUGCAGACGUAUUCUGGCGACGUUGGGUAAAAGAGUAUGUACCAAAUCUUCUUGAGAGGCAAAAAUGGCAAGAUGUACAACGAAAUAUCGAGGUAAAUGAUCUUGUUCUUGUGUGUGAUGAGUCACUACCACGUGGAUGUUGGCCUCUUGGACUGGUAAACGAGGUAAGUAAGGGACGAGACGGUUUGGUUCGCUCAUGUAGGGUACGUGUGAAUGGAUCAGUGAAGGUGAGACCUAUUACGAAGUUAUGUCUGCUAGAAAACAGUGCAUAA